AUGUCGAACACCACAACAUCUCCGACGGCGUCAGUAAUCAUACUUAGCCCUGCUGCGCAGGUCUUUGUUAGUCAAGCCAGCCUCACAAUCGGCCCCUGGAUUGCGGGGACCUUUGUUGAUCUCUUCCUGCAAGGUAUCUUGGCGUCUCAAGUGGCUGUUUACUUCUCCCUCCAAAAGAAGCGGAACAUAAAGUCUAAUCAGGGACCAAAUUUGACCUGGCUAGUCAUAGGCGUUACCAUCCUUUGCCUCAUCAAGUCUCUACAAAACAUUGUGAACACUUGGGAACUCGUCGUUACGAAUUAUUCUAAUCCAGAUGUCUCUUUAUCUCUCCCUGAGUCGGAAUGGAAGCACUAUACGACCAGUUUGUUGACAGCAAUUAUCGCAACGAUUGUCCAAACUUUCUUCGUUCAUCGGUAUUGGAAAUUGCCUAGACACUGGUACAUAUGCCUUGUCAUGAUGAUAGGAAUACUCCUUUCUAUUGUCGCCGCCUCCUUGGUGAUAGCCUCUCUUGCGGAUUUAAAACCCAGUGUCGGCCCGGUUCCCAAUAGACCCCCUCUAAACGGACCUCUCUCCGCAGUGUUUUGGUGCAAGUAUUCGCCCAGCUUUCCGCCAGCUACCAAUUUUCUUACCUUUCAUCUGUAG